AUGUUGUCUCUUCGCACUAUCUCCCGUUCGGUCCCUCGCACCUUUUCGCGCUCCGUUGCCUCUUCAGCUCUGCGCCCAUCAACAUUCUUUAAGCCCGCUCUGCGCCAGCCCUUCAAGCAGGCUGUCAAGCCCGCCUAUGCUGCUUUCUCGACCUCUUCUGUCUUCAAGGCCCCUGCAUCCGAAGGCGAUGUCGAGCUUCUUGCCAAGCUUGAGGAUGAGCUGAAGCACGAGAAGGCUUCCGAUGUCCCCGAGUUCGAGGAGCAGCAGGAGACCAUCGACGCCAUUGUCAAGAGUGGCGAGUGGGCCGUUAAGGACAUUGAGGGUGAGCAGGAGGUUAUUCUGUCCAAAAAGUUUGGCAACGAGAACAUCCGCGUCAGCUUCACCGUCGCCGACAUCCAGAACAUCAGCGAGCAAGACGAGUUCGACGAUGCCGCCCUCAGCGAUGAGCUCGACUUCCAGAACCAGAACCAGGGUGCCGAGGACCUCGAGCAGCCCGAGCCCAGCUUCCCCGCCCGCGUUAACGUCACCAUCGAGAAGGCCAGCCACGGUGCUCUCUUGAUCCAGACCGUCGUCCAGGACGGUGUCUUCCAGAUUGAGGAGGUUUCCCACUUCGCCAAGGCCGAGCUCGCCCAGGCCCAGACCGCUGAGAAGGAUUGGGCUCGCCAGAGCCUCUACGCCGGCCCUCCCUUCGAGAACCUCGACGAGGACCUCCAGGGUCUUUGGGAGCGCUACCUCGAGGACCGUGGCCUCAACGCCGAGUUCGCUAACAUGAUCCCCGACUAUAUCUCCGUUAAGGAGCAGAAGGAGUACCUUCGCUGGUUGGACGCUGUCAAGAACUUCAUCGGCGCAUAA